AUGAUUCAGGAUAGUUCAACGCUUCCUGGCUAUACCAUCUUCCAAGAGGAGGCUACUGACCCGAUUCCGGAUUUGGCGAAGCAACCUGCUAGACAUCCUCUUGAUCCACUAUCAAUUGACGAGAUUCGAGUCGCUGGCAAGCUUAUACGCAAGAAUGCCAAAUUCAGCAAUCUAAAGUUUAACUGUCUCACUCUGCGGGAACCGAAGAAGAGUGAAUAUGCGGCUUUCCGUGCCGGCAAGGGUCAGCGGCCUCAUCGCCGAGCAUUUGCCAUCGUUUUGGAGAAGGGGACUAGCCAAGUUGCCGAAGUAAUUGCCAACUUGACAACGUUGGAAGUCGAAUCUUGGAAACAUGUUGCUGAGGUGGCUCCAACUCUGACACUGGAGGACCUCGAUGUUACAGAGCGAAUCGCACGAGAAGACCCUAGAAUCAUUGAGGUGUGCCGAGAGAUUGGUAUCACCGACAUGUCCAAGGUUUACUUUGAUGCCUGGGCUAUCGGCUUUGACAGUCGGUGGGGAUUCGAACGCCGCCUCCAGCAAGGCUUGCCGUACUACCGCAAUUCAAAGAUGGACAACCAGUAUGCGCAUCCACUAGACUUCUCAGUAGUUGUUGACACUGAGACGGAGGAAAUCCUCGCAAUCGACAUCCGACGAGUCAAUGGAGAGCGCACCAAAGUCCCUCUUGAAGAGCACAACUACCUCCCCGAGUUCAUCCAAAAGUCAUAUGACAGCACGAGACUGAAGCCAAUCGACAUUGCCCAACCUCAGGGUGUCUCAUUUCGUAUGAAUGGAAACGAGAUUUCUUGGGCUGGCUUUAAGAUGCAUAUUGGCUUCAAUUAUCGCGAGGGUAUUGUUCUAUCUGACGUGCGUGUGCAUGACCAAGAACAACAGAGAGAGCGCACCUUGUUUAACCGCAUCAGCGUUGUUGAGAUGGUUGUCCCUUACGGCAACCCCGAUCCUCCUCACCAGAGAAAGCACGCUUUUGAUGUGGGUGAGUACGGCAGCGGCUUAAUGACGAAUUCUCUCAAGCUCGGCUGUGAUUGCAAGGGCGCUAUUCACUACCUGGAUGCCGUCAUGACAACCGCCAAGGGCCACCCGGCAGUGAUCAAGAACGCAAUUUGCAUUCACGAGGAGGACAAUGGUCUUUUGUACAAGCACACGGACUUCCGCGAUAACAGUGUGAUCUCUGCCCGGGACCGAAAACUCAUCAUCUCUCAAAUCAUCACGGCUGCCAACUACGAAUACGCUUUUUACCACACUUUCACAUUAGAUGGCACCUACAAGCUUGAGAUCAAGCUGACCGGCAUGCUCAACACCUACUGCAUGCACCCGACCGAAUCGGCAGCGCCGUAUGGAACUGAGGUUGCCCCACGGCUAAACGCUCAUAACCAUCAACACAUCUUCUCGUUGAGAGUCGACCCCGAGAUUGACGGACCCAACAAUUCCGUUUUGCAAAGCGACGCAUUGCCGUCUGAAGAACCAGUUGGAUCGCCCGAGAAUCCAUACGGCAAUGGGUUCUACUGCAAGAAGACACCUUUGCGGACGUCUCAAGAAGGAGCAGCUGUCUAUUGCCACGAGACAAGCCGCGCGUGGGACAUUAUAAACCCAAGCAGCAUCAAUGCCUCAGCCAAGAAACCAGUUGGCUACAAAAUCAUCAAUCCCAACUGCCCGCCGCUUCUCGCCAAACCCGGCAGUAUGGCCUACAAACGAGCUGCGUUUGCGCGCAAGAGCCUCUGGGUGGUGCCGUACAAGGAUCAUGAGCUCUUCCCUGCGGGAGACUACGUUUGUCAAUCGACGGGAGAAGAGAAUCAUCCAGGGAACCAGACCAUUGUUGACUGGGUCGCGCGCAACGAGUCCAUUGAGAACACCGAUAUCGUGUGCUACAUUCAAUUCGGCCUUACUCAUUUCCCACGGACGGAGGACUUCCCGAUUAUGCCAGCGGAGCCAGUAAGCGUGAUGCUGCGCGCAUCAAACUUUUUCCAGAAGAACCCCGGUCUCUGGGUCCCACCGUCCUCGGUCUGCAUUGACAGGACAUCCAAGGACGCAUUCUGUCCGACCGAGGGAAAACAUGCCUGCGCGAGAUUGUAA